GUUUCUGGAGGGAGUGAAUUAUUAGCUGCACCUCGUAACCCGGAGACAAAAGCUUUCCCCGUCCAGUGAUUUACACUAUGUAUUAUUAUUGUAAUAGCCACCAUUUAGAAGUUAUUGUGUGAUAUUUCGCCAUCCCCGAUGCAGUGGGGGGGCAGCAUGAAGCGCGUUAUGUGGUGAAGCUAUUAUCGCUGUGUCUGUAUUCACACCUAGCGCCGCUCUGCUUUUCCUCCGUGCACAUGGAGUCCCAGCUACAGAGCAUCUUUGAGGAGGUGGUGAAAACAGAGGUCAUCGAAGAGGCCUUUGCUGGUAUGUUUAUGGACACACCAGAAGAUGAAAAGACAAAACUUAUCAGCUGCCUUGGUGCGUUUAGACAGUUUUGGAGUGACCUUCCACAGGAUUCCCAUGAACAGUGUGUCCAGUGGAUUGUUAGGUUCAUUCAUGGACAACAUAGUCCAAAAAGAAUUUCAUUCCUGUACGACUGUCUGGCCAUGGCUGUAGAAACCGCUGUCCUUCCGCCAAGAAUGGUUUGCGAGGCUUUAGUAAACUCUGAUGCCUUGGAAUGGGAGAGAACCCAACUUUGGGUGUUAACAUUUAAGCUUGUCCUGAAGAUAAUUGGUGGUGUGGAUUAUAAGGGAGUAAGAGAUCUCUUGAAAGUAAUAGUGGAGAAAAUUCAUACUAUUCCAAACACUGUGAGCUCUGCUGUUGUACAGCAGCUUUUAGCAGCAAGAGAGGUUGUGGCCUACAUUUUAGAUAGAAAUGCAUGCCUACUUCCAGCCUACUUUUCAGUAACAGAAAUCCGUAAACUUUAUCCGGAGGGAAAACUUCCACAUUGGUUGUUGGGGAACCUUGUAUCUGAUUUUGUAGACAGUUUUAGACCCACAGCAAGAAUUAACUCUAUUUGUGGCCGCUGCAGUCUUCUUCCUGUGGUGAAUAAUUCAGGAGCCAUCUGUAACUCUUGGAAGUUGGACCCUUUAACAUUGCGCUUUCCACUGAAAGGUCUUUUGCCUUAUGACAAGGAUUUAUUUGAACCCCAGACUGCUCUAUUGAGAUAUGUCCUAGAGCAGCCAUACUCAAGGGAUAUGGUGUGCAACAUGUUAGGUCUAAACAAGCAGACCUUGAACAUUGCUCAGCACAAGCAGAGAUGUCCUGUACUGGAGGACCAGCUGGUUGAUCUGGUCGUCUAUGCCAUGGAGAGAUCCGAGACAGAGGAGAAGUUUGACGAUGGUGGAACAAGCCAGUUGUUGUGGCAGCAUCUUUCAAGCCAGCUGAUUUUCUUUGUGCUCUUUCAGUUUGCAAGUUUUCCACAUAUGGUCUUGUCUCUUCACCAAAAGCUUGCAGGUCGAGGUCUCAUUAAAGGCAGAGACCAUCUCAUGUGGGUCCUUCUUCAGUUUAUAUCUGGAAGUAUACAGAAGAAUGCUUUAGCUGACUUUUUACCUGUCAUGAAGCUCUUUGACCUCUUGUACCCUGAAAAGGAGUGUAUCCCUGUUCCAGAUAUCACCAAGCCUCAAUCCACACAUUCCUUUGCAAUGACUUGUAUUUGGAUCCAUCUUAACAGGAAAGCUCAAAAUGACAAUUCCAAGCUACAGAUUCCUAUUCCUCACUCUCUAAAGUUACAUCAUGAGUUUUUGCAACAAAGUUUACGGAAUAAGAGCUUACAAAUGAACGACUACAAAAUAGCCUUACUGUGCAAUGCCUACUCCACCAAUUCCGAGUGUUUCACGUUACCCAUGGGAGUGCUUGUGGAAACAAUUUAUGGAAAUGGAAAUGUAAAGAUACCACUACCAGGAACAAAUUGUACAGCGUCUGGAUCAACUACUCCAUUGCCAAUGAACUUAUUGGAUUCACUUACAGUUCAUGCAAAAAUGAGUCUAAUACACAGCAUUGCUACAAGAGUUAUUAAACUAGCUCAUACAAAAUCCAGCCCAGCUCUAGCUCCUGCACUUGUGGAAACCUACAGUCGCUUAUUGGUUUAUAUGGAGAUAGAAUCACUUGGCAUCAAAGGAUUUAUUAGUCAACUUUUGCCUACUGUGUUUAAGUCUCAUUCAUGGGGAAUCCUUCACACCCUGCUGGAAAUGUUCAGCUACAGAAUGCACCAUAUCCAACCUCACUAUCGAGUUCAGCUCUUAAGUCACCUCCAUUCACUUGCUGGAGUCCCACAGACCAAUCAGAAUCAGCUCCACCUCUGCGUUGAGAGUACAGCUUUAAGACUGAUCACAGCUCUGGGAAGUUCUGAAGUUCAGCCUCAGUUUACUCGUUUCCUGAGUGAUCCCAAAACCGUUUUAUCAGCAGAAUCAGAGGAGCUGAACCGAGCACUGAUUUUAACACUGGCAAGAGCUACUCAUGUCACUGAUUUUUUCACAGGCUCUGAAUCAAUUCAAGGCACUUGGUGCAAGGACAUUCUGCAGACAAUCAUUAGCUUCACACCACAUAACUGGGCUUUGCACACACUGAGCUGUUUUCCCGCUCCACUACAGGCUUUCUUCAAACAGAACAAUGUGCCUCAAGAGAGUCGUUUCAACCUCAAGAAAAAUGUGGAAGAGGAGUAUAGGAAGUGGAAGUCCAUGACCAAUGAAAACGAUAUCAUCUCACACUUCUCCUUGCAGGGCUCCUCACCUCUGUUCCUCUGUCUACUUUGGAAAAUGCUUCUAGAGACUGAUCAAAUCAACCAAAUUGGAUACAGAGUUCUGGAGAGAAUUGGUGCCAGAGCACUUGUAGCUCAUGUCCGCACAUUUGCAGAUUUUCUUGUUUAUGAAUUCUCUACCUCAGCCGGGGGUCAACAGCUCAAUAAGUGCAUUGAGAUGCUCAAUGACAUGGUGUGGAAAUACAACAUUGUGACUCUGGACAGACUUAUACUGUGCCUGGCCAUGCGCAGCCAUGAAGGAAAUGAAGCUCAAGUCUGCUACUUUAUAAUUCAGUUGCUUCUUUUGAAACCAAAUGACUUCAGAAAUAGAGUGAGUGACUUUGUUAAGGAGAAUUCCCCAGAGCACUGGCUACAGAAUGACUGGCAUACCAAACACAUGAGUUACCAUAAGAAAUACCCAGAAAAGCUUUAUUUUGAAGGCUUAGCAGAACAAGUCAACCCACCUGUGCAGAUCCAGCCCCAAUACCUUCCAAUCUACUUUGGAAAUGUGUGCCUUCGUUUCUUGCCAGUAUUUGACAUUGUAAUCCACAGGUUUUUGGAGUUGCUUCCAGUUUCAAAGUCACUGGAAACACUGCUUGAUCAUCUUGGAGGCCUGUACAAGUUUCAUGAUCGACCAGUUACCUACUUGUACAACACACUGCACUACUAUGAGAUGCAUCUGCGUGAUCGUACUAAUCUAAAGCGCAAAUUAGUCCACUCAAUCAUUGGCUCUCUUAAAGAUAACCGGCCCCAAGGUUGGUGCCUAAGUGAAACAUACCUCAAGUGUGGUAUGAAUGCACGGGAGGACAAUCCUUGGAUCCCUGAUGACACUUAUUACUGCAAGUUGAUUGGCCGAUUAGUUGACACGAUGGCUGGAAAAUCUCCUGGACCUUUUCCAAAUUGUGACUGGAGAUUCAAUGAGUUUCCCAAUCCUGCUGCCCAUGCACUUCAUGUAACUUGUGUUGAGUUGAUGGCUUUGGCAGUUCCAGGAAAGGAUGUUGGCAAUGCUCUUCUCAAUGUGGUGUUGAAAAGCCAGCCGCUUGUGCCUAGAGAAAAUAUCACAGCUUGGAUGAACGCAAUUGGACUUAUUAUAACAGCUUUACCAGAGCCUUACUGGAUAGUUCUCCAUGACAGAAUUAUCAGCGUACUCAGCAGUCCCAGCUUGACAUCAGAAACAGAUUGGGUCGAUUAUCCUUUCCAGCUUUUUGACUUCACUGCAUGUCACAAGGCAUACUCAGAGAUGAGCUGCAGUUAUACACUGGCGCUGGCACAUGCCGUGUGGCACCAUUCAAGCAUUGGGCAGUUAUCUCUCAUUCCAAAGUUCCUCUCUGAAGGUCUUAUACCAAUAGUCAAAACUGAGUACCAGUUACUGUAUGUUUACCAUUUGGUAGGACCAUUUCUGCAGCGCUUUCAACAAGAACGGACUAGGUGCAUGAUAGAGAUUGGUGUGGCAUUCUAUGAAAUGCUGUUGAACGUCGAUCAGUGCAGUGCACACCUGAAUUUCAUGGACCCCAUAUGUGACUUUCUUUAUCAUAUGAAGUACAUGUUUACCGGUGACAGCAUAAAAGAUCAAGUUGAAAAGAUCAUCUUCAACCUGCGACCAGCUUUAAAACUACGUUUGCGGUUUAUCACUCAUAUCAGCAAACAGGAACCAGCUGCUGCACCUCCUCCACCAAUUAACAGUGGAUCUCCAGCCCCUCAGGCUAACCAAGUGUCUGUAAAUGUUACCUUGCCGGUUACACAGUAGAACUGCCUCUGGAUGGCCGUAUCUGGAUUUCAGCAGACACUGUAAUAGUGCAUGAAAUGGACUGAUGCCAUGAAGAAACAAACCUUGAUGGUUCCUGAACUGAUAAUGUUUUUGUAAAUUUUGAGGCUUCUGUCGUUGAGUAGCCUUUUUUGUUUUUACCUUUUUUUAAGUUUCCCUAAGAAAACAGUUCGUACAGCAAAACUGCAACUGGUUUGGUAUGUACAUUUGACUGACACACAUUAAUAGCAACUGAUACUAAAGCCCUGUUAAGAAGACUUAAGAAAUCUAAAAUAAAUUGGCAAAGCUCCUUAUAGGGCAAGUAACUGUCUUUUUGAGAAAAAAAAUACAGGUAUAUAAACCACAGUAGUAACGGUAAUCUGCUCACCUGGCCCAGUUGUGUAACACACACAACUCUAUAUUCGCAUGAAGUAUUAAAGGAGUUCUGUGGUGAAAAAUAAUUUAAUAGGGGGUAAGUUAUAGAUUGCGGAGGGAUCCACCGCUAGGACCACCCGCAAUCUCCUGAACCCGGCAGUGUGCUGGAAAGGGAGCGUGCCGACCCCCGCACGGAGAGCCAGCCGACACGCCCCCUACAUGUCUCCCAUAGAGAUACAUGGAGGGGAUGUGUCGGCCGUGGCUUCCUGCAGGGGUCGGAAUGGCCGCUUCCGGCAGACUGUAGUCUGUUCAGGAGAUUGGGGGGGGUCCCAGUAUAAUGAUGGAUACGAAUAUAAAACAUCUGUAUGUUUAAAGCUGUGCCUCCACUGGAGAACGGUAUAGGUUUUCAGUUGUAUAGCUAAAUGUUUGUUUAUCACAUAAAAACACUUUAAAAUACCACUAAUCGGGAAUUCUUCAAAACCAGAAGGCUGCUUCAAUAAUGAAUCAUCUUUGGCUAUUAUCCAAGGGAGUAUUAAAGGGGUUAUCCAGGAAUAGAAAAACAGAACUUAAUUCUUUCAAAAACAGCUCCACGUCUGUCCCCAGGUUGGGUGUGGUAUUACAACUUGGCUCCAUUCAUUUUAAUAGAACUGAACUGCAGAGCCACACCCAACCUGGAGACAGACGGGGAAUUUUUUUGAAAUAAAUUUUCUGUUUUUCUAUUUCUGGAUAACCCCUUUAAUUAACUACUUACACUGAACUGAUGACCCCUUGCAUGGUCACUAAACGAAACUUACAUCAAAAAUGGAGGUUUUGUAGGAUUCUAAAUUAAAUUCAGUAGUAGCUUUAGGGGCAAUUAUAAUGUCUGCAACUCAAAUGGUUACAUAAGUCUGUUAUUACAAGAAUAUAAAUUCAGUCCAUGUUUGGGAUUCAAUUUUUUUGCCCACCUCGCAGUACAAAAUUAAAAUUGAAUUUCUGAGCCUUUAGAGCUCAUUCCUGACUAUCUCAGGGUCAGACAAUUAAUAUUUUUCUACCGGUUUUGAAAUGAUAAUCCCUGAGGUUGUUUGCUAUAUUUUCUAAAAUACAUAGAAGUGCGUAUAGAAAAUAUUCUUUAUUUCACAAAACAGCUUCAAGGAGCAGUGUGUGUCAAUUUCUGAAAAUGUCCUUUUUGUAACCAAUACUUACAGCUGCGUCUCCCUUUGAUGCUGAUCACAAGGGUUCUUUAAAGUGUGUCUGUAUGUCAAGCGGUUGCUGUUAUAUAGUUAAAAAAUUAUAUGUGAAAGUGGUCUUUGGCGCACUGGGGAUGUUCCCUUGCUAUUUCUCACACUCGUACUUCUGCUCAGCUUGUCCAUACACAAUGCCCCUCUUUAUAAAUAAUUCCACCCACCAACACAUAGCCACUCCGGGCCAAGAUCCCUCACGAACAAUGUCUGAUCUCCAGCUCUUCCUGCCCAGAGCAUCCCUGCACAUGUUCUGCUUCCAUACUGUACCCGGAAUUGGUGAGUUCAUUCACUUAAGAGCAGCCUGGCUGGAGAUCUCGCAUAAAAUGUUGUCUCAGAGUGGCUAUGUUAUUGGGAAGCGGGCUUGGGCUAUAGAUGACUUUGGAGGAGUUAAAGGGGCGUGGAUUAGGAACUAGCCAAGAAGGAGUACUAGUGCAUGAAGGGGCUAGGAAACUCCUCAAGAGCACCAAAGGACCUCGAUUUUAUUUUAUUUUAUACUAUUUUUACCCAUAUUUCAGCAAUAGUGUGAAAUACAGAAACGCAGCAAAUACCCUUGUGAUCAUUGUCACCCACAGUGCUGGCAGGUUGAUGCGGGUAACUUUGCUAUAAGUUUCCCUUGAAGGCAUAUUUAAUUAUUUGUAUGUUUGAGAAACCUAAAUAUGUGUAACUAUUUUUAUAAUAAAAGCCUAUGUACAUACUAACUGCAUUUCAUUGUCUCUA